CAGAGCCUGGUACACAUAAAGGACGAGCAAGAAGCGAACAACUCAGCGCCGCGGGUCGCUAGAAUAUUUGCGUACCGCUGUUGCACCCACUAUCACGAAGACAGCACGUGCUGCGGCGGCGAAAACCAAGAAGAUCAUGGGCAAGGCUAUGGAGGUAUUGAAAGGGAGCGUAGGCGAGGGUCCUGCAGUGAUUCAUUUACAUCCGGAGCGGGCGCGUAGAGGCUCGAGGUAUUCCGAGGUAGACGCGCUGUACCAUGACGGGUGGCGAUUAGUUAUUCCCGAUAGGCUCUACAUACUUAUGUACAUACCUAUGCACAUGUGUGUACUUCUACUGCAAAGGUCGCAUGGCUGAUUUGAUCAUUUUAGCGCAGACUAGCCAGCGGUUGUCCCAUCCUACCAGUGGCAAUGACGCUGCUUGCUUUAUCAUUUCACCAACGCAUUCCUGGUAUAUAUUCAUGUAUAUCCCAGUGAUACAUGGCAUGGCUCUGUCUGCACGUCCCUCUGGGGUCAAGGGAUGAAAGAAGAAUGCGAUGAACUGGAGCAUGGGCAGACAUUCCAUCUUCAUCGGACAACAAUACAGUAGCAAUAAAUCCGAUGAUACUUGCGCUUCGGCGUUUCAAAUCCCAUGGCUAGCAUGUACUCAAUUCCUCCGAUGUCCAUGCUGAUCGUGACAACCUCCAAUGAUUUCCUUCAGUUUUUCCUUGCACAUACCUGAUACUUCAAGCUCCUUGUCAUCAAUUGCCGGCUCAUCGUCGUCCUCUGCCAGUCCUUCGUCAUCAGCUGCCAGCCCCUUUUCUUCAACUGUAUUAAGGUCCAGCAUAGAGAGCAGUUCCUCUGCCAGUCCUUUGUCAUCAGCUGCCAGCACCUCUUCUUCAACUGUUUUAAGCUCCAGCAUAGACAGCAGUUCCUCUGCCAAUCCUUCGUCAUCAGUUACCAGCGCCUCUUCUUCAACUCUAUCAAGCUCCAGUGCAGAAAGCAGUUCCUCUGCCCCCGAGAGUAGCUCAACCCCUCCAGAGAGCACCUCCACUAUAACGAGGGUCUGCUCUACAUCUACAUCAAGUGUCACAAUCACUGCAACCAUCACGGCAACCCAGCCCGCAGUUACUGCAACUAUCACCGCAACUGCAACGGCACCUCUUGUGACUGCAACAAUCACGGCCACCGAAUCAGCUGUCACGGCAACCAUUACAGCGACACAGCCAGCCAUUACUUCCACUGCAACCAUCACAGCAACCGAACCUGCCGUCACUUCUACUGCAACCAUCACAGCAACCCAGCCAGCUGUCACCGCUGGUCACGGCAACCCAGCCAGGGUCCACAGUGACAGAAGUGUCUACCAGCGUGUCAACGACCAUUUCCACGACAGUCUCAACUCCGCCAGCCGUUACUGCAUAUGUCACAGCAACUCAGGCAGCAGUCACAAUCACCCAGAUAUCAACUACUGUAGCCACACAGCCAGGGUUCACCACAUAUGUCACAUCGACGCAAUCGGCGGUUACAGUCACCCAGAUAACGAUAAGUGUAGAGACGCAGCCUGCAGUCACCAUUACCCAAGUAUCGGUGUCAACAUCGGUGUCAACUAGCAUAUCAACAUCAACGUCGGUUUCCACCAGCAUAUCAACAAGCAUAUCGACAUCUGCAACUACAACAACAUCUUCCAUUACCGUCACAUCCACGGCGGAGAAUGCCUUGUCUACGAGCACUAUCACCGUGGGCCGUCUCACGACGACUCGUGAUAUUCUGUCUACAUUGACUCAGACGGUUCGAGAGACGUCAACGAGAUCCGCACAACUUCAACUA